UUACCAUCAGUACGCACUAUUCCCUUUCCCGCAAACCUCGUUUACCUCAGAACCCUAACUUUCCCUCUCUACAAAUGGCUCCCAAGGCAGCAGAUAAGAAGCCGGCCGAGAAGAAACCGGCGGCGGAGAAGGCUCCGGCGGCGGAGAAAGCUCCAGCGGAGAAGAAACCGAAGGCUGGGAAGAAACUACCGAAGGAAGGCGGCGCCGCUGCCGGAGACAAAAAGAAGAAGAGGACGAAGAAGUCGGUGGAGACUUACAAGAUCUACAUCUUCAAGGUGCUGAAACAGGUUCAUCCUGACAUCGGAAUCUCCAGCAAGGCGAUGGGGAUUAUGAACAGCUUUAUCAACGACAUUUUCGAGAAAUUGGCGCAGGAGGCGUCUCGGCUUGCGCGUUACAACAAGAAACCGACGAUUACUUCGCGCGAGAUCCAGACGGCGGUUCGAUUGGUUCUCCCCGGCGAGUUGGCUAAGCACGCUGUUUCCGAAGGCACCAAGGCGGUUACUAAAUUCACCAGCUCUUGAAAGGAUGAGAUUACAUUUUCUCUCUAAUUAGGGUUGGUUUGGACUGAAUUGCUUCUGCAAUGUUAUCUCUAGCUUGAUUUCUAGUUUUUGUUAGGGUUGAUGUAAAUUUAGGCUGGUUUAGAUCUUCUGUCGUUUUUUACUUCGAUGAUGAAUGAUAUUGGGUAUUAAUUAACAA